ACUCGUAUAAGACCAACGGGGUUUAAGCCCUUCUCCUUCUCCUUCCCGUAGUUUCUUUGUCGGGUUUUUCCAUUUUCCACCCACAAAAAAAUUUAAAAUAAAAACAGAAACUUUUUUUUUCUCUUUCGUUUUCCAGUAAAAAAAGAAAAAAAAUGUGUUGAUGAGAAAAUAAAAAACAUUUUGGUUUCAGUCUGUUGAUUCUUAUCUUGUUUCUCUUAUCGUGUCGUGCAUUUGCCUGCAGGAAAAAGGGAUCUUGUAACAUCCGUGAGGAUGCCUUCAUUUUGCUGAAAGUCUGAAAUGUUCUUCGAAUCAUGGUGUUGCAAAAGAGGCUUGAUUAUGGAUUCAACGGCUAUGAGGUGCCUCACACACCUCGAGCUGCCAGAUCACCAAGAAAGAGUGCUUUCAAGAAGAAAAGCGAAAACCAUCAAAUAUCUUCGUUCGAUUUGUUGGCUGCAGUAGCUGGCAAACUGCUUCUUGAAGGUGGGAAUUCUUCUUCCUCAAGUAACAACGCAUCAUCCGGUAAUAAUGAUGUUCACUGUGCAGUUAAGACGGAACCGCUUAACGGCCGCGACACAACAGUGGAAGAAGAGACUACUAAUAAUAUUGCUGAAAGAAGUUUCUUUGUCUCUGAGAUCCUUCCAAAAUCUCAUGAAAUUCAAAGUUUUAAUAGAUCUCCAGGUCCCCUUACAGAGUUCCACUUUGGAUCUUCUUCUGGUGUAACUUCUGAUUCUUCAGAGAAGUUUGAAACUCAAGAAUUGGCCUAUGAGGACACCAAGAUCGACAACAAUAGUGAUCAUUGCUAUAGGUCAGAGUGUAAUGAUAAGAAAUCAAUGCUUGGUGGGCUAAACUUUGAAGCAAAGUUAUCGAGAAACGUUGUAGCCAAGGAUGAGGAUCAUAUAGGUAGUGGAUUAAGGAAACCAAUUCCCCAAAAUCCUUCAGUAUGCUCUGAUGAUAUAGAUUUACUUGGUAAGGAAAAUGAUGAUGAUGGCGAAAACUUGUCAGCUCGUUACAGAACAAAAUCAUUUAGGUCAACUCUGCGUAUCGGAGAUAGAAGAAUAAGAAAAGUUUUUGCUUCAAAGUAUUGUAAAGACUCUCCAAAGCCGAGAGAUACUACGGUAACUAAUUCAGACUUGGACAUGAAGCAUGGUUACUACAGCAAGAAACAUUGUCUCAAAAGCCAAAGAUUAGAGAGAAACUAUCCUAUUAAAAAAAGAAGAUACUUUGACGGUUAUACAGCAUCACAAUCCGAAGAAACUGCUAAAACUGAAGGCCUUUCUGGUUCACCUCGAAAGGUUUCAGGUUUUCUUUCAUCCAUAGCUUGUCAGAAGCAGCCAGCGUUGCAGUCAAGAGAUUCUCACGUGAAACUUGGAAUCAAGUCAUUUAGAGUUCCUGAACUUUUCAUUGAAAUCCCAGAGACUGCAACUGUUGGUUCACUAAAGAGGACAGUCUUGGAAGCUUUGACCUCGAUACUUGGAGGUGAAUUACGCAUAGGUGUUCUUGUUCAUGGGAAAAAAGUUAGAGACGACAGCAAAAUGCUGCUUCAGAGUGGAAUCUCUCUAGACACUCUUUCGGAUACUCUAGGGUUUUGUCUUGAGCCCAAUCCUCCACAAUCCACUAAACCGCUACCUCCUGAAGAUUCUGACUAUGUUCGUCCCUGUAAUGUACCUCACACUUUAACAAGGUGUCUCCCAUCACCGGGGAAGCAUGCUAAACCGAGUAAUUCUGUAGAAAGUGACCUUGACUCGAAACCCUCAGCACCAAAUAGGGCUAAAACCAUAUACUCCAGAGCCUUGAUUCCAGUCCGUCCUCUGCAUGUUCAGGCUUUGACCGUAGUCCCACCUCGGAAAACCAAGCGAUCUGUGGUGGCGCAGCGCAGAAUCCGUCGACCUUUCUCUGUUGCAGAAGUAGAGGCCCUAGUUCAAGCUGUGGAGAGACUUGGGACUGGAAGGUGGCGUGAUGUAAAGUUGCGAGCUUUUGAUAAUGCUAAGCACCGGACUUACGUUGACUUGAAGGACAAAUGGAAGACGCUGGUGCACACAGCAAGAAUAUCGCCGCAACAAAGGAGAGGUGAGCCAGUUCCACAGGAGCUCUUAGACAGGGUACUAACGGCUCAUGCCUACUGGUCCCAGCAACAGGGGAAACACCUAUUGCUAGAGGGAAUGGCAAGCCUUAAGAGCCUAGACUAUCCAAUACUGAAUGCUUCUGGUGAUAACUACUUGCUAUGGGCAAUGAACACCAAGAUCAACUUGAAGUCAAAGGACUUGUUCGAAUGCAUUGAAGAGGAUUCCACAUGCACGGACAAGCAAAAGAAUAAGUGUAUCCAGCACAUGCAUCACCACAUUGCUGAGAGUCUCAAAAACCAAUACCUAUUCAUAGAAGAUCCUCUCGCCCUUUGGACACAGCUUAAACGCCGUUACGGGCACCAAAAGACGGUGCUCCUUCCAAAGGCCGAAGGACGUAGCGGUCGUGGAGGCCAAGCCGGCCGCGGACGUGGUAAUAAGGGCCGCGGGCCGUUUAAGCCACAAACCAAGGCAAAAUCGGUUUGUCACCGAUGUGGUAUGUCAAACCACUGGGCAAAGAACUGCAGGACUCCCAAACACCUUAUUGAUGCAUACCAAGAAAUCUUGAAGAAAAAUCCAGAAGCUAAUCUUGUGCAUCUUGAUGAUGAAGGAGACUUCGAUCAUGAGAAUAAUGACCUGCUAGAGACUUCCGAUUGUUUCAAAGAUGAUGAAUAA